CACGUGGCCAGCGUGCAUUUCAGUGGUCAUCAGCAGCAACAACAUAUCGCAGCUCAUGGCGCCGCCUCCCGCCACGAAGAGCAAGCUCGUGCAGAAGAUCAAGCCGAACAAGGCCAAGAAGGCGGCUGCCAAGGUUGAAGCCAAGCAGGCGACUGUCCAAGUGGCGGCCACCAAUACCGUCGUGGCGGCCACCAAGAGCAGCAAGAAGAAGAAGAAGAAGGCCAAGCAAGCGGCCGCCGCCGACGAGACCAAUGACGCUAUCGACGCUGAGGUCGACGCCGUCGCCGAAGACGAUGGCGAAGACAAGGUCGAUGCCAAAAUGGAGCUGGACGCGCUCUUUUCGGGCUUGAAGGCCAAGAAGAAGAAGGCACAGGCCGACACUGCGGCCGAGCAAAAGCGGCUUGACGACGAGCGCGCCGAGAAACUCGCGUACCGCAAGAAGCUCGAGAAGAUCGAGAACGAAUACAAGAUGAAGCACAGCGACAGCUCCAACCCCGUGCCAGUUCGCUACGACGCCGACGGGCUCCCGAUCUAUACAGCGGCAUCGCUGCGCAUCAACCAGGGUGGUGACACGGCCGACUGCCCGUUCGACUGCUGGUGCUGCUUUUAAAUUAACGAAAAAUCCUGCCACGUAUUACAUAUUGCAAGUGUAUCGAG